AUGCCUGAAAAUGAUACAAGUUUAACUAACAGAAAUGAUAAUGAAAGAAAAUGUCGUUUUUGGACGAUUCGAUGCUAUUUUUUAUUGUUAUGUUUAAUUGUGUUAUGUCAAUCAAUGAUAACAUCUGGUUAUAUAGGUUCAAUCGUAUCAUCAAUAGAAACUUAUUAUGGAUUUUCCACUGAACGUUUAGGAAUAGCAUUUAGUAGUUAUGAUAUAAUUGGUGUUCUAUCAAUACCAUUAAUAUCAUAUAUUGGUUCGCAAUAUAAUCGAGCGAAAAUUGUUGCUUUAGGAGCUUUUCUAUUUUCAAUUGGAAAUAUUCUUUUUAUUUUACCUUAUUUAAUCAAUGGUUAUCAUAAAGAAAUAGUUGAUAAUUCAACAAAUGAAACAUCGUAUUAUUUAUGUUCAGAAAAUUUAACAAAUCAUUCAGAAAAUAUUUAUUUCUUAUCAUUUAAUUCAAUAUUUAAUUAUUUAAUACCAAAUUCAAUUAAUAAUAAAAUAUCAAAUAAUAUAAUUGAAAGUCAACCAUCAUGGACUUAUUAUAUAAUUAUUUUAUCAAUGAUUAUAAUGUCUAUUGGUGCAAGUCCUUUUUAUACAUUAGGAAUAACAUUUUUAACUGAUCAUCUUAAUAAAGAUGAUCAACCGAUUUAUACAAUGGGAGCAUUAGGACCUGCUAUUGGUUUUUUAAUUGGUUCACUAUUUGUAUCUCAAUGGAUAAAUAUUGGUGCUGAUAAAAAUCUCGAUGGAAUAACAAAAAAUGAUCCUCAAUGGAUUGGACGUUGGUGGGCAGGAUUUAUUUUAUCAUCUUGUUUAUUAAUAUUAUUUUCAUUUGUACUUUUUACAUUUCCUUCUCAUCUCCAACAAAAUAAGAAUCAGAUAAUUGAAUCAUAUGAAUCAGCUUGUGAUCUUAAUCAAGCUUCAAGAGAAAAUUAUCAAAUCAGAUCAUUAUGUCAUUUGUCAAAUAUUAAAGCAAUAUUCAAUAGUAUAAUGGAUCUUGUUAAGAAUUUAACAUAUAUUUUAAUUGUUUUGAUUAAUUCAGUAGAAAAUAUUCUUGUUGUAUCAUUCACAACAUUUAUGGUUAAAUAUAUUGAAUCAGUAUUUAAUAUCUCAUCAUCAUUAUCAAGUAUAUUAACUGGUUCAAUUGUUGUUCCAGCAGCUGUAUUUGGAACAAUAACAGGAGGAUAUUUAAUUCGUCGUUAUCAUAUGAAUAUAUUUCAAUGUAUUCAAUUUAUUCUAAUAUCUUGUUUUAUAUCUUUAAUAGCUCUAUUAUCAAUUAUUUUUAUUAAAUGUAAAUCAAAUAUUAAAUAUCAAAGUGAUAGUCAAUGUUCUCAAUUUUGUAAUUGUUCUCCUUAUAUUUAUCAACCAGUUUGUUUUCAACAACAAAUAACUUUUCUUUCGUCAUGUUAUGCGGGCUGUACAUCUGUUAAUGGAACAGAAUAUUCAAAUUGUACAUGUGUACCAUUGGGAGAUAAAGUUUUUGAAGGUUCAUGCGAAAAAUUUUGUUCAUUAGAAACAUUCUUAUUUUUAAUAAUAUUAUUUCUUGUUACAUAUUUUGAAACAUUAAUGGCAACCCCACAAUUAAUCAUUGUAUUACGUUCAGUUCGACAUGAACUUCAAUCAUUUAGUUUAGGUUUACAAAAUUGUAUUAUGAAAAUCAUAGCUCAAAUCCCAGCACCUAUUUUAUUUGGAAUAAUUAUUGAUAAUCAAUGUUUAUUUUGGUCAGAAUCAACAUAUCAUCGGCGUGGUUCAUGCUUUAUUUAUAAUGGAAAUAGACUUCCAUUUACAUUAUUUGGUACAGCAAUUAUUAUUAAAUUAAUUUCAUUAACUCUUAUUAUUAUUUUAUUUUCAAUUACAUUAAAACGAAAUAAAAUACAAAAUAUUUCUUUCUCAACUGAAGAACAAGAAAAUCUUUUAAAUAAAUAA